GUACUUGCAAAGAAGAUGGAAGAGCAAAAGAAGCAAAAGCUUGCAGAGAAAUACGGAGUGACGCUCGGGCCAUCCACACAAGAACAUGGCAAGCGCCUCGCGAAAGAUGGCGAUGUUGAUAUUGAGACCGCAUCGGCAACGGCCUCGGACAGAGAAGAGGAAGAGUACUUCAGCUUCACAACUCAAUACACAGUAAAACCCGGGUCAGUUGUUCCGCCAGAGAUUCGGGAAGAGGAGAUGACAGAAACAGACUGUUGCGACUCGGUUUCUGAAAUCUCAGGGGACGACACCAACGAUGAUCCACGCAGCGAACGAUGCAGUGCAGACGGUAACGGGACGACAAUUGCGUGUUCACGACCAGGCGAAUCUGACUACAUGGAUAUAUCUCUUUGA